AACGAACUCAUUUCAAGACACAAAACCAGCGUGGCACCGCAUUUGUGUACUUCAACCGGCGUGCUUCACUUAAAACCAUGCUGACGUUGACAUUAAGGCAACUUGCGAGGCCUCUGUUCCGCUCUGCUCCAGCGGCAAUGGGCAUGGGCGUGAGGGGACAGCACUCUCAAGUCGCUGCCAAGGCAACCAGCUACGAGCGUCCCUGGACCGGACAAGAGAGUCUGGCCGCUGAUGACCCGGAAAUGUGGGAACUGCUGCAAAAGGAGAAAGACAGGCAGUGCCGUGGUCUGGAACUCAUCGCCUCUGAGAAUUUCUGCAGCAGAGCUGCCCUUGAGGCCCAGGGUUCCUGUCUCAACAAUAAGUACUCGGAGGGAUAUCCAGGAAAAAGGUACUACGGAGGUGCAGAGGUGGUGGACCAGAUUGAGUUGCUGUGCCAGAGAAGAGCUUUGGAAGUGUUUGAUCUGGACCCUGCCCGCUGGGGUGUCAACGUCCAGCCGUAUUCUGGGUCUCCGGCCAACUUUGCCGCCUAUACGGCUGUACUGAACCCGCAUGACCGUAUCAUGGGCCUGGACCUGCCAGAUGGAGGCCAUCUGACUCACGGUUAUAUGUCCGACGUGAAGCGCAUCUCUGCCACCUCUAUUUACUUUGAGUCCAUGCCCUACAAACUUGACCCCAAGACAGGACUCAUAGACUACGACCAGAUGGAGGUCACAGCACGACUCUUCCGUCCCAGGAUGAUCAUCGCAGGCACAAGUGCCUACGCCCGCCUUAUUGACUAUGCUCGCAUCAAGAAGCUGUGCACAGAAGUGAAUGCAUACAUGCUGGCGGAUAUGGCUCAUAUUAGUGGACUUGUUGCGGGCAAAGCUAUUCCCUCUCCCUUUGAGUAUGCUGACCUUGUCACCUCCACUACUCACAAAUCUCUCAGAGGAGCCAGGGCUGGGCUGAUAUUCUACCGCAAAGGUGUGCGCUGUGUGGACAAGAAGGGUCGUGAGAUUAUGUAUGAUCUGGAGGAUAAAGUCAAUUUCUCCGUCUUCCCUUCGCUGCAGGGUGGACCCCAUAACCAUGCCAUAGCUGGAGUUGCGGUGGCAUUGAGACAGGCAUCCACUCCCAUGUUCAGGGAAUACAUUGCUCAAGUCCUGAAAAAUGCAAAGGCUAUGGCCAACACUCUCCUACGGAAAGGUUACACCCUGGUCUCAGGAGGGACUGACAACCACCUGGUGCUGGUGGACCUGAGACCAAAAGGCAUGGACGGAGCCCGCGCAGAAAGAGUCCUGGAGUUGGUGUCAAUCACUGCCAACAAGAACACCUGCCCAGGGGAUAGGAGUGCACUCACACCUGGAGGCCUGAGACUGGGUGCUCCUGCUCUCACCUCCAGGCAGUUUAAAGAGUCAGACUUUGAGCAGGUUGUGGAGUUUAUUGAUGAGGGUAUCAAGAUUGCACUGGAUGUCAAGAAGAAAACUGGAAAGCUACAGGAGUACAAAAACUUCCUCCUGGAGGACCCUGAAACGGCAGCACGGAUGGCUGAUCUACGCUAUCGGGUGGAAGCGUUUGCUCGCCCCUUCCCUAUGCCUGGCUUCCAUGACCAUUAAAGCUGUUAAUUGUGAAGGCUAGAGGGAGAAGAAGAGUGUGUAUAAAGGGCAGAAGUGGGUAGUGAACAGUUUUUCAGUAGAGUGGACCUACAUUGCCACAGAGACCUUGUCCUUCUCAUUCAGUGAGAGGAAAUGUCUGGAAAACAAAUAAUUUUUUCAGAAUCAUGCAGCAAUGAAUCAGUUUCUUAGUGUCCUCCUGAGCAGAAGUGAUCAUCUUCGACCGAUAUCCCUCUUGUUUAGCUUGUACAUGUAAAUGAUGUGUGUUUACACUCAUGUUUUCAGGUACAGCCAGUGUUGCAGAAUAUUGUACAAUCAUAAAGAUCAUCACAAAGCCAAUCUGAGAGUCAACUCUCAGGAGAAAGCGUAUAUUCAUCACUACGAGUGAAAAUGAGGUGCAUCUGUCUUAUGCUGUAACAUCAAGUCUUAAGAGACCUGCAGUGUGGGGAGAUGCUGUGUCUUUCCCAUGGAGAGGGAGAUGUUAAAUGUGAUUCACACACAGUCUUACUGCCUUGCAGCACAGUGUAACUGCUUCAUAUGUGUAUUAAAUUAUCUUUUUCUUUCACCAGGGCCAAAAUGACAGACAUCACUGAUGAAUGUUGGUUGAUGUGGACAAUGAAAAAUGUCAGAGAGAGUUAAUUCCUUGCCAUUCAACUCACUCUGCAUCCCAGACAAAAAAAAACACACACACACACAUUUCACUAUAAGAUAAAUUCAUGUUGUGAGCCAGUUGAGCAAUUCUUUAGAACAAAAUGAAUAGUUCCCAUGGAUCAGUUAACUUCCCUGACAGUUGGUAUAUUUACAAAGCUCUCAUCUCAUGGUUUUGUCCCCUCCAGAACAAACCAGCUUCACACAGAAACUCAGCACUUUCCUUUUUCCUUUGUGUCAGAAAACUCCAGCUGUUUUACAAAACAAAGAAUUAUAUUCACAUCAAAAAGAAAACACUGAAUAUAGACCAUAUGACAGAUUUUAUAGCAAAGUAAAUUUUGAAGUUGUGCAUAACUUUAUAAAUGUGUAACUAAUUUUUAAACGUUUGACAUUUACAUUGGUGUUUCACAGUUUUUACUUGGACAAACUGAACAGUUUCUGAAUACAAUGCUUCAGAGCACAUGAGUUGCCAUUGACAGGAACUCUCCUCCCUCCUGUUUUCUCCUCCAGAAAUAAUGUGAAUGUUUCUUACUUUCCACUAACACUGUAUUUUUAACUAGAUCCUCGGUGCGACACUCUUCCUUCAUGAAUAAUUUUAUAAGAAAGUUUAAUUUUAAUAAAUGUGCAGUAACUGAACCUUGAA